AUGCGCGCGGCGACGGCGUCCCUCCCGGCGGUCGCGCCGGCGCGCGGACGCGCCACAGCGAACGCCUCUCGCGCCGCCGUCCGCGUCCGCGCGUCGGCGGCGCCCGCGGCGGCGAACGACGACGACGACGACGCGUCGUCGUCGUCGCGCUCGCGUCGAGACGUCGCCAUCCCUCGCGACACGUCGUCGUCGUCGUCGUCGUCGUCGUCGUCGUCGUCGUCGUCGUCGUCGUCGCGUCGAGACGUCAUCCUCCGCCUCGGCGCCGCGCUCGGCGCGGCGUCGCUCGCCGCGCCGACGCUGACGCCCGCGCCGGCGCGCGCGCUCCCGAUCGCGCCGCUCGGCGGCGUCGUGCGCGUCGGCGGGGAGAAGCGCGUGAACGUCCCCAUCGACGACAUCGCGAAGCAGCUCGAGGUGGACCUGCGAGAGGGGCAGUACUUCGUGACGGGGAAGCUGACGCGCGAGCUGUUCGCGGACGACUGCCGCUUCGUCGACCCCACGAACGACGUCGUCGGUCUGAGUCGAUACCUCACCGCGCUGGACUUGCUGUUCGAUAACGACACGAGCUCGGUGGAGCUGUUCGACGUGCGGGUGACGUCGCCGACGACGAUAGAGGCGGAUUGGUCGCUGCAAGGGUACUUGCGGUUUCCGUGGAAACCUCGCGUGGAGCCGUACGACGGCCACACGACGUACGUUUUGAACCCUGAGAACGGGUUGAUACAGACGCAGACGCAGACGUGGUCGAUCUCGGGCGCGAAGGCGAUCGCGGAGUCGUUCACGCCGACCGCGGGGGCGGCGAGUUAA